AUGGCGACCACGGGAACUUUGGCUCGUAAACAUAAAAGUACUGUACGUGCUUUUUUGAAAAGAUCGGGCUCGGGGUUAUUGGAAGAAUUCUUUACGGCGGAAGAGCAAGUCCUAUAUAAUAAUUCCCUAUCUCUUCUGGGAUAUAUAUCAAGUGCGGGACUAAACCCUUCAAUGGUCCGCAGUCAAAUGUUAGAAAAUGCAUUUAUAAUUGAUAAUCCUAUUAAAAAGUUCGAUACUCUUGUUCCAAUUGUUCCUCUGAUUGGAUCAUUGGCUAAGGCGAGAUUUUGUAACGUAUUGGGGCACCCUAUUAGUAAGGCGGUUUGGACUGAUUUAUCAGGUUCUGAUAUUAUUGUCCGAUUUGGGCGUAUAUGCAGAAAUAUUUCUCAUUUUUUUAGUGGAUCCUCACAAAAAAAGAGUUUGUAUCGAAUAAAGUAUAUACUUCGGCUAUCUUGUGCUAGAACUUUGGCUCGUAAACAUAAAAGUACUGUACGUGCUUUUUUGAAAAGAUCGGGCUCGGGGUUAUUGGAAGAAUUCUUUACGGCGGAAGAGCAAGUCCUUUGUUUGAUCUUUCCAAGAGCUUCUUCCACUUCGCAUAGGUUAUACAGAAGGCGUAUUUGGUAUUUGGAUAUUAUUUGUAUCAAUGAUUUGGCCAGUCAUGAAUUGAAUGAUUCGUUAUUCUAAGUAAUGAAGAUAAAUAAUGAAGAGAUAACAAAUUCUUUUUCUGAAAUGUUGAUGUAGGAUGAAGUAAGGGUUAAA